AUGGAGGAUCCUGAAAGUCUGUACAGACCUGUGAUAGCACAGCUGGGUGACUGUCAGGCUUACCCUGACCUCAGCCUUACAUCCUGCCUGAGUGCAAAUCAGCAGCUGAACAGAUUGCCAUUAGAUGAAGGGUACCACGUUGUGCUGCAGCUGCAGCGCCUGGCAGGCUUGCUGCAAAUUAGUAAGACCCACUCCGAGGAAAACACUUCCAGUAGUGGAACAGAUUCCAUAACCAGUGGAGAGAUUCCACGGAGCAGGUCCGAGGGGACUUUGAUUGAUGUGGAUAACCAGACACCUUCAUCCAACUACAAUAUCAAUGAAAAGAAAUUGGAUUUGGAUAUUGACUGGUCUGAUGUAUUCAAACAUGCCCAGGCUGUUUCUAAGACAAAUCCUUUCUGGAACGAACUGUCAGCAUCCAACCCUUUUGUACAUGACAUAGCUGCUUCAAAUAGAAAUGAGAAUAACAAAUACCUUUCAGUCUUAAAAGAAAAGCCAUAUUUGUUCUCUGCAGUUUCGAGCAACAGGGAUUCUUUGGCUUCCUCAGGUGAUGAGCUAGAUAUUGAUUGUCUUCUAAGAAGGACUUCAGUAAGAAGAUCUGGACGAUCCAAGAGUGUCUCUGACUUCCUGGAUAUUGUUGAUAACCAAAAAUUUAAUCUUCACAAGAUAGCACCUCAAAAAACUAUAGCUUCAGACAUGACAUGGCUUCAAAAUGACCUCAAGGCCUACAAAAGGGCUUGGUUGAGUCACCGACAACUCACGCGGUCUUGCCUAGAUUUAGAAGCCAUGAGCCAUAGUCCAGGGUGGGCACAAACACAAGCUACAGACAUUCAUGUGGUUUGCAAACUGAAUCAUGAAGGGGGUUCAGUACAGCUACCCGAUUCGGAUAUCAAUGUUCAUGUCCCUGUUGGUCAUGUAUCACCUGGGGAAUUCCAAGAAGUUGGUUUGAAGGCCAUCCUUAACCCUCCGUCACUGUUUAACAAUGAGCUGUCUAGCACCAUAAGUCCUCUGAUAGAACUUACACUGAGCAACCUCAACACAAAGGAAGCCAUUUUCCUAGAGGUGAAAGUUGCUGCUAAAGUGAAGAAUGAUCCCCUUAGCCAAGUUAUGAGUGAUAUUGUGUGUUUUAUGAGUCUCAACAAAGAAGGGCCUUUUAAGAAACUAGAGAAUUGCUAUACUUAUCAAGACACCAUACAAGUGAAGCUAAGCAAACUCAGUCAUGUGAUGUAUGCAGUGAUUGUUGUACAAGCAAACAAAAUCCAGCCUCCAGCAACUAAUGUCUGGGACUAUGUUCAUAGAACAGUUUCAGUUGGAAUUUAUGGUCCCAAAUACAUUCAUCCGUCUUUUACAGCGGUUUUUGCAGUCUUCGGUCAUAACUACAUUCCAGGAAAACUCACAGUUUGUGAUAUAAAAAAAGGAGGGAAAAAUAUGCCUCCUGUUGUGUUUCAGCUGUGGGGAAAACAUACAUUUCUGCUAGAAAAGCCACAAGAUCUAAACAUUUCUUUGGUAUCCUGCGAUCCAGAUUUUGAAGUGAAGAUGGAAGAUCAAAGCAAAAAUAUUAAAGGGGAGGAGCUGAAAACUGGUGAAAUGGUCCGCCAACAAUUCCUGUUUUCCAUGCUUGGAUGUAGGGAGAUGCAUUUCUUUGUUUUCCUUGUUCAGAUUAAAAUCUUAAAAAGUAAGCAAGUCACACAGUUCCAUGUUACAACUCCUGAUCCGGCUCCAAAAUUAAGUGGAAUUAUCAACAGGCCGAAGCGCCUACAGGACCGCAAAGAAAUCAAGUCUGCGCCUUUGCUUUUAAUACCGACAGUUAAAUACCCCAAGUUUCAAGACAAAACUUUAAGUGUUAACACAUAUGGAGUGGCUUUGAAAACUGUAUUACGUCAAAAUAAGAUUGACUAUUUGCUAGAAUAUUUUAAAGGGGACACAAUAGCCCUUCUUGGUGAAGAUAAAGUAAAAGCCAUUGGGCAAACUAAAGUAAAAGAGUGGUACGUGGGAGUUCUCAGAAGAAAGGUUGGUCUUGUGCAUUGCAAAAAUAUUAAAGUGAUUUCCAAAGAACAGGCUAUGGACACUGCUGACAGCGUGCUAACAACCAAGAAUCUUGUUGAACAAAUUGCGUUGCCGUUCAAGAAAUUGACUUACAUCUACUCAGUCGUUCUGUCGACAGUAUCGGAGAGUGUCUAUGACUGGAGAGCUUUGGCUGAGGCGCUGGGAUAUUCACAUAUGUCUUUGGAUGACUUUGAUGAGGCACAUGCUGAUAAGGAAUCAGAGAGAAUUGCACAUGUUGUGAAGAAGAUGAAGGAAGACUGCCAUGCUAACAAAAAGAAAAGGCUAUUUCUUUAUGAUCUCAUUGUUGCACUUUUGAAAAUAGAUUGCCAGGGAUUAGUGGCACGUCUCACCCAGGACACCAUCGUUUUGACUUCAGCUGUCAAGCUUGGAAAAUACUGGCGGGAGCUUGCAGAGAAGCUAGCCCGACUCACAAAGCAGCAAAUUGAGGCAUACGAGGUACCUCACCAAGGGAAAAAUGGAACAGUAGCUCUAGAGAUGAUGUGGAAACCUGCAUAUGACUUCCUCUACACGUGGGCUGCUCAUUAUGGAGAUAGCUAUAGGGACGUCUUACAGGACCUGCAAUCAAGCUUGGAUAAAAUGAAAAACCCAGUAACGAAACAGUGGCGCGAGUUAACUGGAACGCUAAUUCUUGUGAACUGCAUGGAUGUGUUAAGGGCAAAUGCUUUCUCCAAAAUGGAGGAAGACGAAUAG